AUGGUGCUCAUACUGAUCUUCAAGGUCAUUGCCACCUUGCUGGUCUUUGUGGACACAGUGGACGCACAUUGGAACUUCGACAUCACCAGUAGUCCCACAAGAGCCAUCAACAAUGUCUCGCAUGUCACGCGUGCGUUCUGGAUGAGACGGGCGAAUGCGGCAUUAUUGGACGUCUCCAGAUCGCCGUGUCCGUUCCUACCGUUUGGAAGCGUGGUCGUCAAUCAUACCAGUGGAGAGGGCAUUGGGGAGGAAGUUUGCAUCGGGGCAAAUAGUGGGAGUAAAACGGGGAACCCGAUUCUGCAUGGAGAAAUUGCCGCGAUAAUCAAUUGCACCACAGUGCUGACGGAUCCGAAUGGGAGAUAUAGACUCUCACCAAAAGAAGCCCUCGAAGCGUUUCCAAAAUUGUCAUUCUAUACGAAUGCAGAGAGCUGUCCUAUGUGUGCGUCUGCGAUCCGAUGGUCUGGAUUCAGAGAGUAUAUCUAUGGCACCAGUAUCGACGCUCUGAUCGUCGAGGGCUGGGGCCAGAUCAGAGUGCCCUCUAUCGACAUCUUUCGAGAGAGCUUCGAUUUCCCGUACCAGAGCCGGCUCCUUGGUGGUUUGCUGGCAAACGAGACGGAUCCGUUGUUUCAGUGGCAGUUCAACCCAGAUGCAGCGUGUCCUCUAGGAUGUCAGAGAGACAAAGGGGGAUGUGAGCCGAGCAACGGGUAG